UCGAACGCCACCCCGUCCGCUCGAUCGGAUCGUCGGUUCUUACCGAGCGCUCUUCGAGACGCGCGUCCGGCUCGUCCGCGGGCCCCGUCGAGAGGCGCGCCGAGUGGUUCGCGCGAUAACCUAGAACCGGGCUUCCUGGCGACGACAAAAUGUCGAUAUCGCGCCCGGCGUGACCGAGCGGAAGUCCUCCGCGCCGUAAACCCGCGGGGCUUACCGCGCGCGAACCGAACGAGAAACCGCGCGUCUCCCGUGGAGCGCGCAAGGUGAAAACAAGCGAGCGCGAACGGUACUUGUCCGCGCGAGAGACCGCGGGCUUUUCACGCAGCCCCGCACUCGUGCGCUCGACGAGAUGUUUCGUGCCCGAGGCGCACGCGGUUUUUCUCACCGUUGAUUCAUAACCUGUGCCUGGACCCGGUUUUUCCGAUCGUGAGUCCUCUCUAGCGCGAGCCCGCGAAAAGCGUGCAAAAUUUUACCGACCAAUGUCGAAUUCGCCAAUGAAAUCUUUCACCCUUCACGAGCUCACGCUGGAGGGAACUUAAGGGUUCGUGAUCGAACCCCUGGCCCUGGUCGUCGAGAUUACUUAACAUUCUUUAUGCAGCAGGGGCGGGGUUGACGCCGCGCCGAGAGAAGCAACGAGAACCGAGCCUGGCGCAGGGAUGACUCAGCAGGACCUGGAUCCCCAAUUCACGCAGGGGCUGCGACUCCUGUACUCCAGCAACAAGGACUCCGCGGAGCAGCUGCGAGCUCUAUUGGACGAGGCGAUCAAGCAGAAGUACGGGCCGUCCAAGAUGCUCUCCAAUGUGCUGCAGCGAAAGUACAUGAUGGAAGAGCCGGUGCUGAGCGAUCACAGUAGCAGCAGCAGCAAGAAGAGCAAGAGUUCCAGCUCGUCCAAGCACUCGAGUAAGUCGAGCAAGAACAGCUCGCCGGUUAACUUGCCGGCGCGCGACACCCCGCCGGACAUCCUGCAGUCGGACGACACGCUGGCGCUGGAGAUCCUCGAGGACGAUCUCACGUGCGUCAUUUGCAAGGGGAUGGACGUCGGGGCGAGGAACAGGCUCGUCGAGUGUCAGGAGUGUCAUUCCCUGUAUCAUCAGGAGUGCCACGUGCCCCACAUCCUGGACUCGCAGAUAGAUAACGUGCCGAAACAAGUCUGGUACUGCUCCAACUGCUCCAAGUCCCAGGUCUCGAAAGAAAGGAGCUCGCCAAAAACUGUGAUAGAAAGCAAACCUAAGGAACAGAAGAAGUCUAGCUCAGGCAGUGGAGCGAAGAUGACACCAAAUAUCCAUAUCAUUAGCGCGGACAGAAGACUGAAAGACAUGAUGAAGAAGGCUAAGCAGGACAAGAGAAACACAAGUACUGCCACGGGUUCAAAGAGCUCUUCAUCCAGUUCCCCUGCAUUAUCCUCAGCCAAAUCUUCUCAGGAUAAAUCGUUAUUAUAUAAAAUAAAAUCAGGGGUAGAAUAAAUUGCUUAAUUCGUGAAAGAACAGCAAACGUAACGAUAAGAUAGUAUAGACAGUGUACUUUAUAGAAAUAAUACGGAAUAAUUUUUUUAUUGACAAUGUAAUUAUUUUGUAAUUAAUUUUGUUAAUCUGGGAGAAAGGGCGACAUUUUUUGUUGUUACUUUUUAUGAAUAUAUUUUCGUACGACCAGAGAGAGAGAGUGUGUGUGAGUAAGAAUCGCGCGUCCAUGAUUUAUGACAAAGACAAAAAUUCUAGAUAGAUGAUACAACUAAUGUGUAUUUAUAUUGAAGUUUAAUCUCGAAUUACAUUCAAUCGAUAUUAAUACAAUUGGGCCUUUGUGUAGUGUCUGAAUUUCUUACUGCCUAUAUAAAUACAAUUCCAUAUUAUACAAUUUAUUAAUAAUUGUACAAACGUGCCAUGUAAAUUUGUUAUUUUUAAGCUUUCGCAUUAUUAUUACAAAAAUAUUAAGUAUGUAGAAAAUAAUGACAUAAUAUUACUAUCGCUAAUAAUUAUUACACACGUAACAUCGUUCGUAAUACAAGUCUGCGUUGAUAGUUUUAAUGUAAAUAUACAAUAGAUCAUUUUUUAAUACCUUUUUAUUGAGAUAUUUAUAAAAGGAAAGCGAUAAAAUUAUAUAAACUUCACAUAUCUCAAGAUUACGCGUUAAUUGUACUAUUAUAUUUAUAUAUAUAGCAUAUACACAAUUUUCGUCACCGAAAUCAACUCGUACCGAGUACGCUGAUUUAUUACUGGCGUGGCGAUACAACAUCGACGCCGGAAUUGAUGUUAGUGUCAAAAAUGCACAGUGGAAAACUAUAACACACGCGCCAAGUACGUUCUAAUGUAUACAAGAUAUACAUGUAAAUUCGUGUAUCCGCGAAUGCGGAGGUGGUUUAGUUGCGACAUACAAGAACUCCGAAUUAACAUAAUAACGAUUUGCGUAACGACACUUGACGACUUUUGGGUAGGAUAGUACCGAAAAAUUCACGUCUUUCGCAUCCGUAUAUUUAUAGUAACGAUAUUUAUAUCUUAGCGCAUCAACGAGCUGUGAUAAUUUUGCACGGGCGUGCGGCGUUGUGUAUCGCGCCCGUCCAAUUACAAUAAAUCUUUACAAAGACCUCUCGGGGAGAGAAUUUUGAACCUCCACGAGGGAUCGGAGGAGCGAUCACCAUCUCCACGCGUAUCUCCCGCGGGUACGGCUCGGAUGAAUGGCGGCAAAUUACAAAAGAUCCAAAUUACAGGACCACCGCGUGUCCCCGAUCCUGUAAGGCCGAUUACAGCGGGUCUGUACAGCCGAGGCUGUGCGGAUGGGCAAAAGAACAACGAGGAGAUAACGAGAUACGAGUCGUUUAUAAUACCAAUAUAUUUCUUGCAAUUUUCGCAUAAGAUGCAAUUAGUCAUUUGUCCCUACGUCCCAUCGAGAAUUUGGCAAGAAUUAUUUCGUUCUCUCGAGUGUCACUUAAAGUCUACUCGUGCGCGAGAUGAGAGGUGGGAGGGGUGGGCUCAAGUAUUAUGUACAAUGGAGGGGAAAGAGAGAGAGAGA